GCUUCGGUCCUUUCAUUUUUACGAAUCUAUCAUAUAAAAGGAGUCCGGUCGCCGUCGUGAAACAGAUCAAAGCCAAGUGGACGAGAGCGUACAGCUGAGCGGCUAUAUUUCCUGCAACCGGGUCUCGACAGCAACGCGCAAGAUGAUCCUCCGCGUUUCGUUAAUCGUCUUCGUCGCCGCAACGAUACUCCGCAGCUUCGCUUCCGCCGGAGGCGGUGGACACGGUGGACACGACCACGUGGUGAUACACGUCCCCUACAAGGUCAAGACCAUCCAUCACACGCACACGAUUACGAAGCACAUUCACCACGGAGGCGGCGGAGGUGGAGGUGACAAGUACGAGGUCCUCGGCUACACCGUCGGUCAUCCCAUCGAUCUCGGUGGCGGCGGGGGUCACGGUGGCGGACACGACUUCGGCGGGGGUGGCUACGACUUCGGCGGCGGUCACGGGGGCGGCGGUUUCGGCGGCGGUCACGGGGGCGGCAGCUUCGGGGGUUCCGGACACGACUUCGGCGGAGAUUACGGCGGAGGAUGGGGCGGUGGUCAAGAGGAAUACGGCGGCGGACAUUAAUCCCGCUCCGUCGAGUCCCGGCGAUUUCCCCUCCCGCUCGCACCCCGACGGAGGUGUCGAUCGACGCCUCGUUCGCGUACAAUUAUCAAGACUUCCCGACUCGCGCGCCGAGUCGUUCCCUCGCAGACCCCCGCCUCCGUACGGGCGCGUGGAUCGCCGCAAUUGGCGUAUACCUGUACGGUAAAUGUACCGUGAAACCUGACUGAACGUAACCAAUAUCACUCAUCGCACCUGUACCUAUCGCUUAUGUCGUUAUCGUUGUUGUUGUUAAUGUAUUCUCGUGUAUGCGUGUUUGUGUAUAUUCGUUUUUCUACCUGAUUGAAUAAAAAUAAUCCACCAAA